GUUCGCCCUCGCAUUUCCCUUCCUAGUUGCUUGGCGCGGACAGAAAUCUCCACAAAAAUUCGGUAUUCAUUGUUUUGGUCUUUCGGCUCGCUUGUUUCUCUGGAUCAAUUGGUCCCAAGAGUCACACGCGUCUUUUGACCAUCAAGGUAUCCAGAUGGUUCCAUUGUCUCUGACCAACUUGUAUUGUUCAUCCCGGCACAAGCGUCGAGAGCACAAUGCCUCAGGCUUCUCAUAUGACCUGCCCUCACGAGGAAAUGGUGCAAGGUUAGUCGGAUUGAGAAUGUUAACCAUCCUCGCGAUUAAAUCGUCUCGUAUUUGGAUCAGCUGGCUCUGGGGCUCCUCUCCAACUCACCUCGGGCUUCUUUUUUUUUUCUUUGAUUUCGGGUUCCUUUCAAGGAUCCAAGUCCUUCCUCAGAUCUCACUACGCGGAUGUGUCAAACAUGGAAAUUUAAACGGAAGAAAUACCACAUCGAUGGGGAUAGUCGCAUUUCAUUUGGGCCGUAUGGAGGGUGAUUGGAGAGAGAUGAAGAGAUUGAUUAGAUGGAAAUGUGGGUAUCAUGUUAUCUCCGACGGAUCAAGGACUCCUCAGUGGAUUGGAGUAAUUUAUCGUUAAUGUUAUACACAAAUCAAGCCCUUGGCCCUUGUGUCCACUUGGCUUAAACCGUCCCACAGAAACAAGCCGUGGAAGACCGGUUUUGGUGGUGAAUUGGCUGGGAUGCUGUGGCAAAAGAACGGAACCCGCCCUUUUCAGUUACAUAAAAAUACCUCAGAAGAGUCGUAAGCAUGAUACGAAAGUAUGGAGUAAGGAAGGUAGGGUAUCAC